UCACAACAAAAUCCAUCCAUUCAUCGGAUCAUCAUUCCAUCUAUCCAUACCCAUAUACACACACAGCUUGCUCCACCCUUCUGAUCGAGCUAUGGCGGCUCCAAGUCGAGUUUUCACACUACUCAUGAUGCUCACAGCUGCGAGCACCAUGGCCGCAAGUGACGCCGCCGUCGUCCCCGCCACCACGUCGCCGCCGUCUCCGGCACCGAUCGGGUGGCUAAAGGCGCACGCCACGUUCUAUGGAGGCGCUGAUGCCUCGGACACCAUGGGCGGCGCGUGCGGGUACGGCAACCUCUUCACGCAGGGCUACGGCACGCGGACGGCGGCGCUGAGCACGGUGCUCUUCAACGACGGCGCCUCGUGCGGGCAGUGCUACAAGAUCGCCUGCGACCGCAAGAGAGCCGACCCCAUGUUCUGCAGACCCGGCGUCACGGUGACCGUCACGGCCACCAACUUCUGCCCGCCCAACCUGGCGCUGCCCGAGGGCGGCUGGUGCAAUCAGCAGCGCCCGCACUUCGACAUGGCGCAGCCGGCCUGGGAGAAGAUCGGCGUCUACGGCGGUGGCAUCAUUCCGGUCAUGUACCAGAGGGUUCCUUGCGUGAAGCGAGGUGGAGUCAGGUUCACCAUCAACGGGCACGACUACUUCAACCUCGUGCUCGUGACCAACGUCGCGGCUGCUGGCUCCAUCAGAUCCAUGGACGUCAAGACCUCCAACUCCACUGGCUGGACCCGGAUGGCACGAAACUGGGGCGCGAACUGGCACUCUCUCGCCUACCUCACAGGGCAAGCGCUCUCGUUCAGGGUCACCGAUACAGACGGACAAACUAUUGAGUUCGCAAAUGUGGUGCCACAAGGAUGGAAGUUUGGCCAAACAUUUGCAUCCGGGUUGCAGUUCAAGUGAUGAUGGUUAGAGCUCCAUUACUGUCCCGGGUUCUUUCCGGUCUCUCCUCAUCACUACUAGUCACAGAAGUACACAGUUUCCAGGUGUAUAUAGACACUGAAUAUUCAUGAGAGCCAUAUAUGUGGCUUGUACCUCUCAUUCUUUUUAUUUGUAUUGUAUAUAUAACAACAGCCAUGUCUAAAUUCAAUUUGUAUGGUUAUGUGAAUAUGUCACUAAAUUAUAUCUUAACAAGUCUAUCGCGUGAUACUAUGAACGCAAGGUGGACUUGUUCCUUAUGGUUCGGAUUAAUGA